AUGUGCUGGCUCGAGAAACAGUGGCCAAACUGCCCCAUUUGCGGAAGUGUCGGUGUUCCUGAGAUUCAAUAUCUUGGAUGUCCCUUCGAACAACCUCUGGGUGAGUGCAAUCUCGUCUUCGAGGCCUCUGCUAACACCUCCAGACCCCACCCUACUUGCGUUCAAAUUGAUCAAAUCGCCCGCGAAGUUGCCCUUGGUAGAGUCCGUGAGUCCCACCCUGUACCUGCUUACACCGACGCACGCGAUGGUGUUAGUCCUUCUGAGUCUCCUCUUCCUUCUCCUUUUCUUCAACACCCCCCAGUCGCGAAUCCCGGAGCUGCCCUUCCUGCCGGCUGGACAUCCAGCGGCUCUAACAACCCUUCCCACGCAAUGACCAUCGCCACAAACCGCCGUAAUGAACUUCACAGCAUGAUGCUUGAAAUUGCUCCAACUCUGUCAGACCUCAAGAACACAAUUGCACCUCUCGACCCACAGUUUGCCCUGGUGAUCGAAUGGAUCCCCACGCACAUGUGUGCUAUCCUCACCGCUGCUAAUACUUAUAUCGAUAGAGUCACGAACUUUGAAUUUGAGAAUACCAACGGGACCGGCAUUCCAGGGAACGCUAGCUUCCAGAUCGGUGCAAUUGUUGAUGGCAUCACAAACUCCCUUGCUUUCUAUGAGUCAGCUCCUAUCUGGUUCAGACGCUACACUGAUCUUAUUACUCACCUUAGGCGUCUUGCUGGUUAA